CCGAUUUGUUUGCCGGGAUUACUGUUUGCCUUGGGUCUCUUGGUCGUCCCUUGUUUGUUAUCGAGAUCAUGGACACAUGUCGGGGAUGGCUGAUUACCGACGCUGGAUAAAUAUUAAGCAACUAUGCGGAGGGCUUCCUCCUCGGAGAAGGAUUCGGGUGACGACAUCGUCGGGCGCUUCCUUGCCGUAAUUGACUCGCUGCCAAAGGGCACGGAGUCUCCCCCAAACUGUGUUCAAGUGUUUUCUUUCUUGUUGACUGUGUAUAAAACCGAAUAAAUCCCCUGCGAACUAUCAGUUGAUGUACAUCAGCUGUACUAAGAAUGAAGUGCGUUUGCAUUUUCCCCCUAAUUAUUAUCCUUUGCUGCCUGUCAAUUGAGGCACAGCGUUUAAAUUGCAGCAGGAUUCGAGAAAAUUGUCGUCCUUGUACUCGUCGUUUAGUGGAUCCAAUUAACAAUCUGGAGUUCAGAGAUUGUAGGGAAAAAGUCAGGGAACGUUGGAUUUGGCGGGAUGUAAGGCGUUGCGAUAUGCAAAUUGUUGCGUGCGAAAAUCAUGAGACCAGAUUGGAUUGCGAGAAUGUGGCUAGGAUAACUGGAAUGAGAAGGAUCCGCUAAAUUAAUUUACCAAUAUAAGCUACUCUCAGAUAUUACACAAAAUGGAAAUAAAAUCGUAGUUUAUAGCAUUACAGGAAUAUCAAACUGACAACUUUAUAACAUAAUUUGAAGCCUUUUAUGAAAAUAUCUAACAUAAAAAUUGAAAAACAUCAAAUUAUGUUCUUGCCAUGUUUACCAAAGAUUCAUCCGGUGGGCAACAUUCUUACAAGUCGGACUUUCACAAUCGCGUACAGUAGCUGAAAUCAUUAAAUUU